UCGCGGAAGGCCAUAGUGGAAGUUUGGAACGGUUUUUGGUGGAAUUUUCUUUUGAAUUUUGCUCCUGAGGAGUUCAAAUUCUUUAUACGCCAACCGGAAGCUAUAACUAGCAAACGUGUACUUCCCAUUGCUGCUGAAUCUGGCUACUGGCAUCAAGGUGUACCUAAAAAGUAUUCCCUUGAGGUUUACUUGCUAGGAGCGCUUUGGUUGGUUGGUUCCAGGCACUGACGACGAGAAAAUAGUCUGCGAAAGGAAAGAAUAAGAAAACUAACAUGGUGAAAAGGAAAACUCAACCACUUAUCGAUUCGGACAGCAGCAGCGAUUCCGGAUCCGAGUCCGACUUGGAUUCUGAAUUGCUGUCAUUGGCCAAGAAGAAGAAAACUUCACGCCUUCCGUCCAACUCUCCCGGAAAAUCGUCUGGAUCAGACUCGGACGAUGAUUCGGAACCGGAGGCAGCCGCGCAACGGAGGAAGCGUAACGCAAAACCAUCGUCAUCCUCCGAAUCUGAGCAGGAGGAUGACAAAGCUGAUUCGGAGCCCGAUGAAGAGGAAGCGAACGCUAAGAAACCUGCUGUGAGGAGUGCGCAAAAGCAGAAGGAUGACGAUGAAGCAGAGAAAUCUGAGCUGGAAGAAGGUCAGCUUACAUCUGACGAUGAAUCCGGAUCUGGUUCCGGAGACGACAGUGACGAUGAAAGCGGCAGUAGCAGCAGCAGUGGUGAUUCGGAAUUUGAUGACGGGUAUGAUGAUAAUCUGAUGGGUGAUGAUGCGGAUCGCGCUAGACUGAAUGCUCUUUCUGAGAAAGAGCGAGAAACCGAAAUCUUCAAACGUAUUGAACGACGUGAUGUAAUGAAAACUCGCUGGGAAAUUGAACGAAAACUAAAGCUGGCCAAAAAAGCGGAGCGCGCAAAAGACAAGGAAUCGCAGCCCCCGAAGAAGAAGAGGAAGAAGGACCGCAAGAAGAAGUUGGCACAGCAGAAAGCACUCGAAGAACGUAAGAAGAAGGCGAAACUACCGUCUCCCGAGCCAGAGGAGGCAGUAGUUCCUGUCCCGCAGCAGCCGACCCAGAAGGCUGAUUCCGAGCCUGAAGCUGGCGAAGAAAGUCCUAUUUCGUCACCGGACAAAUCCAAGGAAUCAGAAUACGCUUCUGGAGCGUCCGAUUACUUUGAUCCAAAGGAACGUUCCAAGGAGCGCAAAAAGAAUGUCGAGGCCAAUCGAACGGAUGAUAAGAGAAGCAAUGCCAUGGCUAUGCUGAAGGCAAAACGCGAAGGCAAAGCUAAACGAGAAGAAGAGGAGGCCAAACGAGAAGCUCAACGUAAGGCAGAAACGGAAGAUAAAGACGAACUAGAAGAUGUUCCUGGCGGCAAGUCGUCGCAGAAAUUGAAGGCGUCCGAUAUCUAUUCGGAUGAUUCCGGCAGUUCAAGUGAAGAGGAAAAGAAGCCGAGUGCUGCCGCACCCACUGGUCAACGUUCGCGAUCAGGCUCGAGCAGUGGAAGUGCCAGUGACAGUCGUUCUUCCUCAGAUAGCGAAACCGAAGGCGGUGAAGCAAAGGGCGAAAAGAAAACCACUUCUAGUUCCAGUUCGUCAAGCAAGAAACCGGUCGCCAUCAGCACGCGGGACGAGCUGAACAAGCUGAGAAUUUCGCGGCAUAAAAUUGAACGUUUCAUCAAUCUACCGAUGUUCGAUCAGGUUGUGUUGAACUGUUUCGUGAGAAUUAAUAUCGGCAAUAACAAUGGUCGGCCAGUCUACCGGGUGGCGGAGAUCGUGGGAGUUGUUGAGACAGCGAAAAUUUACCAACUUGGCAAAGGGCGCACCAAUAAAGGCUUUCGACUGCGGCACGGUAGCCAGGAGCGAGUCUUCCGGUUGGAAUUCAUCUCCAACCAGGACUUCACGGACAGUGAGUACCAGAAGUGGCUCAGUGUGUGCGAAGCCACCGGAACGGCACUUCCCAAUGUGGAUAUGAUCGAUAAGAAGCAGCGGGAAAUUAAGGAUGCGGUGACGUACGAAUUUAAGGAUGCCGAUAUCGACAAGAUUAUCGAGGAGAAGAAUCGAUUCCGGCCGCAUCCUACCAAUUAUGCCAUGAAGAAGACAUUGCUGAUGAAGGAACGUGAUGCCGCUCAGCUGCGCGGGGAAGACGAACUGGCACGGGACUUGAAUAUACAAAUACAAGAGCUGGAAGAGCGAGCCAGCUCGCUGGACAAGCGACGAAGCAGCAGUAUUAGCUUGAUAUCCUACAUCAACGAUCGGAACCGCAAGCGCAACGUCGAGGAUGCCGAAAAGGCCAUUAUGGAAGAAGUCCGUGCUACACGGGGUGUGAAAAUCGAAGAUCCGUUCACGCGCCGCCAAACGCAACCACGGAUGUCGUUUAAGGCGUCAGACAAGCGCGAGGAAUUGCCGACCAUCCAGAUGCCGGCGCCUCCACCACCUGGUCAAAAGAAGAAACUGGAUGAAAAGAAAGCUUCUUCCAGCUCCGACAACAAUUUGUACUCAUUGCAUGAUUUUGAAAUCGACCUGGAUGUUCCUUUGCCAAUCGGUUCUGUGAAUGUUCUUCCGAAGCCUGUGGAGAAACCGGUCAAAGAGACCGGUCCGAAACGAUCGCUCAAUCUGGAGGACUACAAGAAGAAGCGAGGUUUAAUCUAAAACUGACUACCUAUCAGUGGCAUUAGUUUUAAGCGGUACAAGCAACCGAAGUAAGUGCUAUAUAUGAACGCUCGCUGAAUAGCACACAGUGCGAGAUAGAUACACGCUUCAUUACACGCACGUAGACGCACUCGAUGCUGACAGCUGAGUUUACUUAGUAUAAAUUGUGUGCAACAUCAUGUUUCUGAAUCUGCGGUAAUCUAGCACGAACCUCAAUUUGAUAAAGAUUCGUUAGUUUUUCCUUACUCCGUUACAAUUUAUAAAACAAAAUAGACGCGUGUGUAUAUUCUGCUCAGUCUAUUCGCAAAAAGUAUCUUACCUAGCUUAGGUUCAAUUGAUUUGUUGCAGUUGCUUGUGUUUAAUAGUAACCAAGAAUUCACAAAUUAUUACUUCAGCGUUUCCGAGCAUUACCGGUUUACGUUUCAGCACCACAAUAGCCUGGUUAGCCAACCGCAUCAUGUGAACAUAGAUUGUCUUCUAAUUUUAUUUAUUUGUAUCAUCCUCUUUUACGGUGUCGAUGAUUGCUAGUUAUGUAAUAUAAUCCAAUUAAUGCUGUAAACAGUUUUAUGCGCAUUACCAGGAAAAUCUUACUGAACGAACAAAUAAAG